CCGACACGUUCAAACCAUGGUGCUGCGUCCGUUGAAAUUGGUUCUGUUCGCUUCGAGCGUCCUGCUCGGUACCUCUCUGCGAUCGGUUGGUGCAGCGAAAGACCCACAACAGGAUGAGAUAGAAAAGUUGGCAGAAAAUGGCCCGUUACUAGUGGACAACUAUAUACCGGUGGCGAUGCAGGUGCUGCAUCACUGCGUCGAAAUGAUCCAGUACGAGCCACUAAUGUCAGCCCCGAGCACAACGACAAGCCUACCGACCUCGACAACUACCACAUCCUCGACUACUCUGUCUACGACCGAAAGUUCUGUAACAGUGGCUCCACUAGGAGAUACCCAAACGAUCCCGACUAGCUCUCACAAACCGGGAUACUAUGGACCCGAGAAACCACCGCCGACACCAGUGACAACAACCACAAUGCGUACGACUACUAGCACAGCUAGUACUACGGUGACUCAGCCAGCAACGAGCGUGGAGGAGGUUACUGGCAGCACCACUGAACAAACUACUACCGUGAGCUUGCUCUGGAGCGACAAACCGUUCGCAGAGUGGUUCUUGCAAGCCAAACGAAAGAAGACACAGAAUAACCCGCUCAAGAAUGUCGAGUUUUUGGAUGUGCUACCACUCAAGCUGUUGCAGGAUAUUAAUGCAGAAACGUAUGAACCGCUCGCGUUACGACCAUCGGAUAAUGCAAAUGAGUUCCGCCGUGUUUACGACGAUAGUUAUGGCCGUGGGUCCACUAAUCUACCGGAGAAGAGCAACAGAAAGGGCGGCAAAAAGAGGGUGCCACCCACGAAACCAUACCUGCAUAUGCUGGUACUGUAUGAUCUGCUCAAGCGAGAGGCCAAGAAUAAUUUAUUCAACUACUACGAGGGUUAUUCCGAGGCAAUUAUGGCGGAGAUUACGCAAAUGGAUUUCCCUACUGCGAAGGAUCAGUUGCAGUAUGUGCUAUCGCAGCUACUGGAGCGGAAGGACAUUGAAAAGUCGGACGUGGUAUCACGAACGAAGCUCAUGAUACGCGAUUUAGACAUCAGCUCCAGUUCCAUAGCGAUGGCGUUGGUCGUCGUGCCUCCAUUGCGUUUUGGAUUGUGAUAUAGUGAUAACUUUUAAUCCUACAAUUAGCCCUUACCUAACAGC